AUGUUUAAGAAACCUCCUCACAAGAUCUUCACAUCCUCCCCAUUGCGCAACUCUGAUGUCAAGGUACUUCGACAACGAGUGCUUGUAUUAUUUCCGGACGUCAAAGACAAAAUCGACGUUGAUGCAUUGGUGCCUAAGGGUAUAAGCAGCUGUAAAUUUGACACUCACCUAGAUGAGACUGGAGUUCUAUACUCGUCUAUGGAGAAGGAGCCCUUAUGGUUCUCCAUAGGGAAAGGAGGGAUCGUACAGAGUAAUUUGGUACCGACCGGUAAGCGUCUCAUUACCAAUACACUAUUGCUCAUUCAUAUGUCUGGAUUACACCACAUUAUGCUCAGUGUAUACGCUAUGGAAAUGCCCUACACUUCUACCAACAAUCUCGACACCCGCAGCCGUCAUCCCCAUUCUCGUAGGCACGGACUCAUCUCUUACUAUCAACGCAUCCCACUCAACCUACCACGCACAGGCGGCGCAGACCUGAUGAUUCCUGGAGUCGUGCCUUCGCCUAUUAUCCCUUCCCUCGCCCAAGGUCAAUUAGUCAGCAUUACACAGUAUCGGAGUACAACCCCGCUCGUGGUGGGCUGCAUGGCGGUCAACGGCUCAGAGCUAAGAGAUGACGACGACCAAAAGGGAAAGGCGGUCAUAACGUUACACGCUACGGGAGAUGCACUAUGGGCGUUGGGGAGCAAGCAGGAGCCACCAGAAGGAAACCAGCCCGAGGCCGCGGCGCCUACGAUAGGUUCGGUGGAUGGCGUGACAACUGCCGUCGAAGAUGUCAAGUUAGAUGGUGAAAUCGAACAAGGCGAGGCGUCUACGCAAGCGGUUACAUCAGAACGGGUACCUUCUGCUCAAGAAAUCGAAAUCUUAUUGCGGUCGACUACCCUAUAUGCACUGGCUCGAGUCGAUGCUUCUGCACUCCCACUUCCAGCAUCCACAUUUUAUUCAUCUCAUAUUCUUCCUUCGAGACCUGCUCGCCCAACUCUCCCUCAAUCAAACGAAACCGAUGAACCUAUCGAUCCCAAGACACUCCUAUCGCAUCUCGAUAUCAAACACACUUCCCAUAAGAAGCUUGCACAGUUCCUGAAAGGCUUUGAGAAGGAUGGGAUUCUCAAGCUCAAGGACGUAAGGGGUGAACUGCUGAUAUUUUCGGUGGAUACGAAGCACCCGGCGCUAGUAGAGGCCAUAAAAUGGGGAUGGAAAACCGUGGGAGCCGAAGAGAGAAAAGAGAAGGAGAGAGAAAAAGAGAGUACGACUGGCGGGUCUACCAAGGAAAUUCUGGUCGAGGAGGUUUGGUUCUCCGAGGCAAACACCGAUGGGUUUUUCGAAUUAUGUGGGGAAAGCGCGCCUCAUUACCCCAUUUCCUCCCUAAGGCCCCUUCUCACCAAAUAUAUCACUGCACAUAACCUCCAGCAUCCGACCAACCCCAAGUUUGUGGUUCUCGACGAGGUUCUCUCGCGCGCAUUAUUACGAAAGGGCGAGAAUGACAAGGAUUUUGUGGGAAGAGACGAACUGGUCGACCGACUUUCGGGAAAUAUGAAAGGAAUGUGGAGAGUCGGCGGGACUGGUAAUUUUAAGAAGCUGCCACUUCAUCCUGUUAAUGUUCAAACCAAGACACGACAAGGGCGAAAAGUUGUUACACUUAUUACUGGAUUUGAACCUUUCGGCAUCGACCCAGAGACGUUAUCGGAAGAACUUCGAAAACGAUGUGCAUCCAGCACUAGUGUCUCACCUUGCGUAGAAAAGCCCAAGCAAUUAGAAGUAAUGGUGCAAGGUAGUCAGAUCAAGGCCGUGACCACCCUACUUCUCGAACUAGGCCUACCCAAAAAGUGGAUUAAAUUAUCUGAGAGCUCACGCCAUGCCCUAUACAUGCACGCAUUGAAAUUUCCUCGAAACGCGGAUUAUGAUACCCCAGAAUUAUAUGGACUUGCUCCUGGAAAGACGCUCAACCUAAACUUGACGACCGCCGACGAUGUACGACUGGGGGCCUGGUUUGUAGCCGCGGACAGUUUUUACCAAAAGCAUCUGCGACUUGCUCCACCCUUCAAAGGCGAGUCCGCUAAUUUGAAAGAAAAGAGGGAAACACUGGCCUCCCUUCUUCCGACCGCGCUACAAGAUCAUCCGACGAUACUAUUCUUUCAUGGAAACGCGAUGACGCGCGCAUUUCACCUGCGCACGCGACUUUACUCGACAUUGAGCUCACGGCUCAAUGCAAACGUGCUUGCCAUUGACUACCGUGGAUUUGGUAAUUCAGAAGGCGUACCUUCCGAACAAGGCCUCCUCCUAGAUGCUCGAGCUGCCUGGGAUUGGUUGAUCGAAAACGGAGCAAAAGAAGCGGACAUUACGGUUGUUGGACAGAGUCUCGGAACCGGUGUGUCCGCUGGGCUAGUGGCUGAGCUGGCCGAGGAAGGUGUUUCGCCAAGGGGUAUGGUUUUACUUGCCCCCUAUUCAUCAAUUGCCACGUUACUUGAAACAUAUGAUUUGGGAGGCAAGCUUCCGAUCUUGCAGCCGUUGCAAAAGUUCCGUUUCGUGUUUGGCUUUGUGUUGAGGUUCCUGAGGCAUCGUUUUGAUACUUUAUCAAUCAUCAACGACAUAACAUGCCCAAUCACAAUUAUCCACGCAACAGAUGACUGGGAUAUUCCAGUUGCGCACGCAAAGGUGCUUUUUGAUGCAUUGCUGGAAUCGUUGCUUCCGCCCCACCCAUUCAAUCCUCAGGAUGUGCUUCUCGGAAAAGUACCUCAUGAGGAGUUUUCGACAUUUAUUAGUGAACGUAACACGCGCCGAAAUCAAGUGGUAGCCACCAUGGAAAUCAAGGGCCUUGGUGCUAUCAGCACUUUUUCGCGAGAUGAUAGCCAUGGAGAUGUGACAUUCCUCCAAACGACUUGGGGGGAACACAAUGGAAUAUCUGCUAUUGAAGGGGUCAUUGACGUGAUUGGAUGGAGUGUAGGGAUGGCAGAUCGAUAA